UGUUUUCUAUUUUUGGUGUUGGUACGAAGCUGAAAAGUCAGUCCAUCAUUCAGUCAGAUUGACAGUGUUCAUUGGACGAACAAGAUGUUGGAUUUGGAAGGUGGAGGGUGUUGAUCGAUAUACACCGUUUGCAAUUUGUAACGUUGAUUGGCUGUGAGAGAGGAAGCCUCGUGUUGUCUUCUCGAUCUGUUUGAGACGAACUGUUUGUACAUGGGAAUAUCGUAGCAUUAUGAUUCGACUGAAGUUUGCUCAGCUCAAGCUGUUAGUGUGGAAAAACUUUCUCCUACGUAGAAGACAGCCGAUUGUUGUUCUUGUAGAGCUGAUAUGGCCGCUUAUUCUGGUACUGAUUAUCUGCGGGAUUCGGCGGACACGCAAGGGCUCCUGGGACAUGCAACAGCGUGGCAGGGGAGUUGCUAUGCCGUCAGCUGGCUAUAUUCCAUGGAUGCAGACGUACGUUUGCAGCACACACGGUGCACGUGCACAGAAGGUGGACCGGAAUGGGUUCCCUGACUUCUCAUUCACACCAGCGUCGGUUUUGACUAAUGUGGUUCAAGUACUUGCUGGAUCGGGUCAGGACUUUUCUCAGUUGAAUAACAUCCCGCGUGCGUUCCAGACCAUUUCUUCGGCACUACAGACUCCUGGUGGAUUGGGCUUGCUGGCAGCAAACACGUCACAAUUCAAUCCGAAUGUGACGGCUUUGCAGAGAGAACUUCAACAGCAACUGCAAUUAUCGCCAGUUGAUGCGGCGGCUUUAGCUGGAGCAUCUGUGAACUAUACCGAGCUGGCAAGGCUAGUUUUGAGUGAUUCUAACACCACUCAGGAAGUCCUCAAAGGUCCGCUUCAGCUAUGUGAUCAGCUGCCACUUGUUGCAAGCCUGUGCCGUCAGCAACUACUGGCCAAUCCACUUCUCGCGGCGUCGGUUGCGUCUAUUUACUCCACUACAGGCAGUAUAUCGUUGCAGGAUUUGUUGAAUGGCCAGCCGCUGGGCCCAGCCAACCUCAACAAACUGAUCCAAUCGGCCAACCUGUCAGCUAGUAGCUUCCGUUUAGUGUUCUGCAACAGCGCACAGUUUGACAGUGUCUUCACUUUUCCAGCUGCAACCAGUGCAGCAAGCAAGGCUACGAUUCAGUCAAGCUUGUGUCAUAUCAACGCAACCCAGUUGGCGAACUUGAUCACUGACCUUACAAAUACAGUGGAUGGUACUGGCGUCCUAGCCAAUGUCACUCGUGCAAUCCAGCAACAGCCUGCUGCUUUUUCUGAACUGGCCGCUGACAUUACUCUUCUAAACGACAGUCUCAAGUUGCUGAAUGAUACCGAUCUUGGUGUGCUGGUGGACUUUGGCAACUAUGCCAUCAAGAAGCUGGGCGAGAACAAUUCGGUGGUGGACAUCGGAUCGAACUUCCUCUGUGGGUCUGACUUGCCAUACAGAAAUAGCUUCAACGGCUACAAUGAUAAUUUACAGUCCGUCGAACAACUCGCUCGUCUUCUGGUGGUAUCUGCGCCAACUGUACUGAACUAUUUGCAAACUGGUGCUGGUGCCACUGCCACUCCAGGAACAACUGGAACAACACAACCAGGAAUUACGCUACCCUUCACUGAGGAGGCCACUGUGUCUAAUGAUAAAUUGGCUAACAGUGGUGCCCAAAAUGCAGAGAAUCUGGUGACAUCUAAGCUGUUUGGUCAGAUCUCUGAACAUCUCCUUAAUGGCUCUCUGAAGAUCCUCUACUCACCCAACAAUGCAUUGGGCAAUCAAAUCAUCGAUCAGAUGCUUGAGCCGUUGGUGGAGCUGAAAGACCUUGUCAUCGCAUUAAACUCAUCUUUCCGAGGGCUGCCAUCAAGUCUGGCUGCCAUUAUUCCGCAGGUGAAUGCCUCACUGUCAUCACCCUUUGCUGACACAUUUGUGGCAACGAGUUGCUCGUCGGUCCAGACAAUGCUUGCAAGUAACCGUCAGUUGUGUGAGUAUAUCAUUUUGGGACGUCAGAUUUUCAACCAGCCUCUUGGAGUCAGCUCUGCCGUUGCGAAAAUCCUGCUGGCAGGAUUUCCCCAGGGUAUCACUGUGCCUGAGCUGGAUGACUUGGCGCUGUACACUGACACGGCUUUUAGCACACUGGUCAACUACAGCUCCACUGGCGAACGCUAUGUACGUAGCCUGUUUCUGGGUCUACCGACUGAAUAUGACUUGGAGGUGCUGGCUGAUAACGAGUAUGCCAACAAGAUCAUUGCUCUAGCUGGACUUGUUUUUACCAACUUGCCUGACAACGAAACGUCUCUGCAUAACGUUCCACACGUCGUUUACAAGAUUCGACAAAAUGAGACGUUUGUGCCAAGCACUCGGUGGCUGGCAAACAUAUUUUGGUCGCCGGGACCGUGUCGCUGGUAUUGCUCUCGCUACCGCUAUGGUGGAUUCCUGUUCCUUCAAGACCUGAUUGACAGAGCUAUACAGGAGUUGCAGACAAACAAGAUAGAGCUCGAUCCUGGUGCAUGGGUGCAGGACUUCCCGUAUCCAUGCUUUUUGAAUGACAGGUUUGCAUCGGCCAUAGCUAGUAUCAUGCCACUUGUUGGUGUCCUUGGCUGGAUCUUGUCUGUGGCUAUGCUCAUCAAGAACAUUGUCUAUGAGAAGGAGAAUCGUCUAAAGGAGGUGAUGAAAGUCAUGGGCUUGGACAGUAGCAUGCACUGGGCUGCCUGGUUCUUCAACAGCUUCGUCCUAAUGGUCAUAUCCGCCACAACUCUGACACUGGCUUUGAAAUAUGGAGAAGUUCUGAAAUAUAGCAACGUGGUGCUGAUAUGGCUAUACUUGGUAUUGUUCUGCAUCUCAACCAUCACGUUCUGUUUCCUGGUCAGUAUGUUCUUUUCACGCGCCAACUUGGCUGCUUGCUGCGGUGCCAUCAUCUACUUUGGCUGCUAUCUGCCAUCGGUGAUACUGUUUAUUCGCCAAGAUGUCACCACCUACUAUCAGAAGUGUUUGGCUUGUUUACUGGCGCCGACAGCUUUCGGAUUAUCUACCCAGUAUGUUUCAUUCUAUGAAACUCAGGCCACUGGUAUGCAGUGGGACAACUUGAGCGAAAGUCCUUUGGUUGAUGAUGACUUCAGCUUCACGUUGACGUUGUGGUUCAUGGUGAUUGAUACCAUUAUCUACAGUGUUCUGGUUUGGUAUCUAGACAAUGUGAUGCCCGGUCAGUAUGGAAUACCACGUGUCUGGUAUUUCCCUUUCACCAAGAGCUACUGGCUUGGUCCGCAGCGUAUGGCUCGCCGCAAGCUGCGAAAGAAUCGCCGCAAUCCCAUGCAUAUCCAACUGGCAGGUGAUGGUGCCAUGCUUGUGGACAACAUGGAAGAUGCCGAUGCUGACUCCAUUCGUUCGGCAUCGCCUGACUGUGUAGCCGGUGGCAGCGUUCCGGUUGCAGUGAGGACGCCACUCGCGUCUGAGGAUGAGCCGAAACAUCUCAAAUGCGGUGUUUCUUUCCACAACUUGGUCAAAUCAUAUGACAGUGCAACAGGUGUGACCAAGCUGGCCGUCGAUGACUUAUGCCUGAACUUCUAUGAAGGACAGAUCACAUCUUUCUUAGGCCACAACGGUGCUGGAAAGACCACAACAAUGUCUGUCCUGACGGGCAUGUACCCACCGACGUCUGGCACUGCGUACGUGUACGGACAUGACAUUCGUACGGAAAUCAAUGAUAUUCGCCGUAACAUGGGCAUUUGCCCGCAGCACAACGUACUGUUUGACAGGAUGACAGUGGCGGAGCAUCUUGAAUUCUACGCGCAGGUCAAGGGCGUUUCCAGAGCCGAAUGCCAGCAGAAGAUGUCAGACUGGCUGGCAGAAGUCGGCCUGUCUAACAAGCGUGAUUGCCUUGCAAGGAAUCUCUCGGGUGGCAUGAAGCGCAAGCUCUCUGUUGCUAUUGCCUUUGUCGGGGACUCGAGCACAGUCAUUUUGGAUGAGCCCACUGCUGGUGUUGACCCUUACUCACGACGUGCUAUUUGGGACAUGCUUGUGCGCUAUCGCAACAAAGGUCGUACUAUUAUCUUGUCAACACAUCACAUGGAUGAAGCAGACAUUCUUGGUGACCGCAUUGCAAUCAUCUCUAACGGCAAGUUGCGCUGUGUCGGCUCAUCUCUAUUCUUGAAGGGCCAGUAUGGAGAAGGCUAUACACUCACCAUGGUCAAGAAAGUCACGGAUGGAAGUUCAGCUGGCAGUGCGUCACCUCCACCUCAGCGUGCCAAUGGUGAUAAUGGUCAUGCUGCAAACCAGAGAGGAUGGACAGGUGUUGAAGACGAAGGUGUUGGCUCCAUGGCAUCUCUAUCAGACGUACCCCAAGCUAAUGGUGCAAAGGAUAUAGCAGAUGCUGCUGCUGCUGCCGAAGCCAUUCCUCGUGGCACUGGAGAGUGUCAGGCAUCAGUGGUGACUGGUGUGUUGAAGUCGUUUGUUGGUGAAGUGAACAUGGUAGAGGACAUUGGUGCUGAGUUGAUGUUCAACUUACCAGCCAGUGGAGCUCAUGAUGGCAGCUUUACACGCCUCUUUACUUACCUGGAUGCGCACUUGAAUGAGCUUGGUAUUGCAUCGUAUGGUGUCUCUGACACCACCCUUGAAGAGGUUUUCCUGAAGGUGUCGGAUGAUGGCUCCGUAAACAAUGACCUGGCUGAUACUGGUGGUUUCUUUGCUUCUGCAAGACGAAGACUAACUCGUGCAAGUAGUGGUUCAGUGCAUGGAGUCGCUAAUCGUGCCUCGCCAAUAUCCAGCGAUCAGCCCCUGAUGACAGAUGACCAAGAAGCCCCUCUCAUGGAUAACCAAGAGGAACCUGCUGAGGAAGGUGUAGAGGACACCGAUGGCAUUGUCAAACCGGCAGAUCUCACUGCUGGCGGUAGUGGAUCUUAUCAAGUCACUGGUAUCCGCAUCCUACUGCAGCAGUUCCGUGCACUGUUCAUGAAGCGCUUCCACCACUCACGGCGCAACCGCAAGGGCUUUCUAGCGCAGGUGAUUAUUCCAGCAGUGUUUGUAGCAUUGGCUAUGGUCGUCAAGUUGCUGGCACGCAAAACUGGCAACAUGCCCAGUCUCCUUCUUGUCCCAUCCACCUAUCCAUACCCGAAGCUGACACCGUUCAGGAACUAUGACACAUCGCAAGAACAGUCCUCUCGUAUCAUAUCCAGUAUGAAGCACCCAUGUGGUAUCAGCACUGAACACUUCCAUCUGAAUCUGAACAUCAGUGAAUGCUACAGCUAUCCAGCGUACACAGGCUACGGAACUAGCUAUCGACCUGCCUAUUGGGGCGCUACCUUACAGUUCAAUAGGACUACAUCAUACCCAGCCUCGUUUGACGAGGAUUCGAACACCGGCAAGGCAGAGUGUCGCUAUAGCUAUGCCUGCUCACUCUACCCGAACUGGUGUGAGAAGGACUUGCCACGGAACAUCACCGAAGCUGAUACAUUUGGUGGUACCACACUACAGGACAUCUCCCCAUCUAACCUGGAUGCAUGGAUUACUGAUACUACUCUCUUCUUCCGCAGGCAAAGGUGGGGAGCCCUCUCAGCUGGAUCUGAAUAUCUAACCACCUCGUCACACAAUGCAUCCUCCUACCGCUUCCUGAAUCGCCUCUCAAGAAGGAAGGCAGCACGGGCUUGGAUCAAUACCAAAGGCUACCACACGUAUCCGAUCUACUUGAAUGUGCUGAACAAUGCUAUUCUCCGUAGCUCACUCGAUCCAUCCAUUGAUCCCAAUAAAUAUGGCAUCAGUGUGUACAAUCAGCCAUUCAACAAGACCUCGCUGCAGCUAACACAAGACUACCUGAAAAGUGGUGUUGAUCUGAUCAUUUCGGUCUGCAUCAUCUUUGCAAUGUCAUUCGUACCAGCCUCAUUUGUGCUCUUCUUGAUCAAGGAGCGCACUAGUAAUGCAAAACAUCUACAACGCUUGGCUGGUGUUAGUGGCUUUGUCUACUGGUCUGCCAGUUAUGUAUGGGAUAUGUGCAACUACAUGGUGACAGUAUUCGUCUGCAUCCUCAUCUUCCUAAUAUUCGACAUUGAAGUAUACACGUCAGCCGAAAUCUUCCCUGCGGUUCUGGUUCUUUUCAUCUUCUAUGGCUGGUCCAUCACUCCGCUCAUGUACCCAGCCACCUACGUGUUCAGUGUGCCAUCAACAGCGUAUGUGUUCCUGGUUGCCUGUAAUAUCCUGGUCGGUGUGUUUGGUACUCUAGCCACAUUCAUCUUACAGCUCUUCCCGUCUGAUGAGGAACUGACAGCUAUCAAUGAUGUCCUACGUGUUGCCUUCUUGGUGUUUCCGAACUAUUGUCUUGGCCGAGGUUUGAUGGAUCUUACCUAUCAGUAUUACUUGAAGACACUCAGUGAUUCAGUUGGAGUUGGAAAUACCCUGAUUCCAUACAAGUUACCAUGGGGAUUUGAUCUUGAUCAGAUUGGCCGUAACUUGCUGGCCAUGGCACUGUGUGGGGUCUUCUUCUUCCUCAUCACACUCAUGCUGGAAACCAAAUUCCUCUCCGCAAUCUACGGUCGUAUUGUUGGAGUGAAGGAGGCAGCUGGUACUGUGGAGGCAGUGGAUGAUGACGUGGAUGAUGACGUGGCCAGGGAGAGGAGACGUGUGAUGUCUGGCCGUGCUGCUGAUGACACUAUUGUCUUGAGCGACUUUACUAAGGUGUACGGCACACGCUGGGAGAACCACUGCGCCGUCAAAAAGCUGUCAUUGGGUGUCCCCAAAGGAGAGUGCUUUGGUCUGCUAGGUGUGAACGGUGCCGGUAAGACAAGCACGUUCAAGAUGUUGACCGGUGAAGAGAGUGUUACAUCUGGAGAUGCGUUCCUCAACGGACUCAGUGUGGUAACGGAAAGGCUGCAAGUUCAACAGAAGAUGGGCUACUGUCCGCAGUUUGAUGCCCUGGAUGAUCUCCUGACUGGCCGUGAGCACCUGACACUCUAUGCACGACUCCGCGGCGUACCAGAGUCUGAAUGUCGCAAGGUUGUGAACUGGGCUAUGUCAAAGCUCAGUCUAACACGCUAUGCUAAUAAGUCAGCUGGCAGUUACAGCGGUGGUAAUAAGCGUAAGCUCUCCACCGCCAUGGCUCUCAUCGGAAAGCCACCAGUCAUAUUCUUGGACGAGCCCACAACUGGCAUGGAUCCGAAGGCAAGGCGUUUCUUGUGGACAAUCGUGUCUGGUCUGGCACGUAUUGGCCAUUGCAUCAUCCUGACAUCGCACAGCAUGGAGGAGUGUGAAGCACUGUGCCAGCGUCUCGCUAUCAUGGUCAACGGUCGCUUCAAGUGCCUUGGAAGUCCACAACACCUUCGCAGCAAAUUCGGCAAUGGCUACACAGUGACUGUACGUCUGACUGGAACACACCCGGACUUAACACCAGUCAAGGAGUUCUUCAGUGAAACGUUCCCCGGAUCUUUCCUACAGAGAGAGCAUCAUAACAUGGUGGUAUACCAGUUGCCGAGCGCGUUGCUGUCGCUCUCACGCAUUUUCCAGUCGUUCGAGGAGGUACGUGGUCACCUACCGAUCGAAGACUACUCUGUCAGCCAAACCACACUUGACCAGGUCUUUAUUGGUUUUGCAUCGAAGCAGACUGAUGACAUGGGUGCCAUGGAGGAAGAGGAAGAAGAUCGGCUAUCAAAUCACAGUGCUCUCAAUGUUAUCUCUAAUCCCACCGUUCGCUAUCAUCUGGGUGAAGUUCGCAUUGAUGACCAUGCAACUGCUGGCACCGACACUUGCGAUGUGUAAGAUAUUUUCUCUGUUUCUUGAACCGUUUCUCUUUUUCUUCUUGCACACAUUUAACUAUGGCUAGUAGUUGCUGCUGCGAUGCUGGGGUCAUCGCAGCGCUGCUUUUUGCACCUACCUAGUAUGUAUGUGUGUAUGUGUGUGUGUGUGGAGUAGUAGUAGUAGUAGUAGUAGUAGUAGUAGUACUGCCCCAUGACAGUGAAUUUUUGAGUUUUUUGGAAAUUGUAUUGCAUUGCUGCUCCAUCUACAUGGGUGUAUUUGUUUUUCACUUCUCCAUUUCAAGUUUCCUAAUAAAGAUCGUGUCUAGUAGUAGUAGUAGUAGUAGUAGCAGCAGCAGUUUGUAUGCUUGCAAGGUUGGAGUCGACGCCUGCAAGUUGUAUGUGUGCGCGCACGAGUGUGUGUGCACGUGUGCGCGCGCGAGCGUGUGUGUGUGUGUGUGCAUGCAUCCGCUUGGGUGCUGGUGCUGGUGGUGGUGGUGGUGGUGGUGGUGGUGUGUGUGUGUGUGUGUGUGUGUGUGUGUGUGUGUGUGUGUGUGUGUGUGUGUGUGUGUGUGUGUGUGUGUGUGUGUGUGUGUGUGUGUGUAUGUGUUUCUUCUGUUGAGUCUUGUUGAUGUUAGUGCUCUGGAUUUCUUGAUUUUCGCAUAUUUUCUUAUUCACAGAAAACUGAAUCACAUUUGCAAAUUUAGGGUUUCACUGCUGUUCACAUAUUGUAAUUUGUUGCUGCAUUAGUCAUCUCCUUUGUAUUUAUUCUCUUUUAUUAAAAUAAGAUGUGAGACCUUUGCUGGCAGUGCCACCUUUUCUUUUCAUAUCUUGUGCCAACACCCAAAUUCGAUGUGUAAGGAACUGCGGAUCAUGCUGCUUAUGCGGCUGCUGCAUAUCUUUCUGUCGGCGUGCAUAAUGACUGUCUACUAUACAUGAUACAUAUGUUCAUACAUUUUCCAUCCACAGGCACGGCUGCUUAUAUUCCACGCUAAAUACGGCAACGGACGGAAUGUCAUCAGAAUUCACAGUGUUUCUUUUCGUUUGCACAUCACUCUCUUCUAACUGGCUGGCCCUGUCGUGUAACACAUUUCUAAGUUAUUCCAGUUGUGUCUACA